GGAACUGAAUGAAACAUGGGUGUCGUGACGCUUCUGAAAUUUCAAUGAUACAAUUACGACAGCACUGCAUGAGUGGCCCCCUUUGGAAAAGAUGACAAGGAAAGGCAAAUCCACAACGCAUGACCUUCUUGUUAUGGUAAAUUAUAUUUUGUACACGCUGGGCUUUGUCUUUCAUCCCUUUUUCUCUUCCUAUCUUCUUUCACUUUACUUUCGUUCGAGCCAACAUAUACACUAAUUACCAUGGAUAUACCGUCUUCUAUCAUAACCUCGGAUAUGCACACGUUUGCAACAUCACCAAAACGAAGACACACACUAGACAGCAUCGAUACCAAUAACAUAUUACGUCGAUCCAGUACGACGCUUCUGGGUGACAAUGAUGUAGAGCGAGCAAUGAGUUGGUCUACGGCCACCACAGCUAUCAAUUGUGCGCCAGUCGAAUGUGUAUUUUCAUCUCCAUCAUCAAGUGUAUCGUCGCUGGAAAUUGCAACAUCGCGGUUUUUUGGUUAUUUUCAACAUCGUCCGGUAUCGGGCAACCCCAUAUUGCGUCGAAAAGACAGUUUACAACUUGUAACAACAAUACAAUCGGAGUUCUCCGACGCCUCGACAUUGGCGCCAAGCUAUUUUCUGGACGCAUUUUUCGAAGACGACGAGGACUUGGCCGAUUCUAACCUGUCUUUGAAUGAAAGCUGCAGCCCAGACUCACAAGUCACCCUGAUACCGGGAGAUGCACGAUAUUCUACCCCAGAAUUUUCGAUACCACCGAUCUUGCAUACGGGGUCCAAUGAUUUCCCCAACGUCGUGGACGAUAAAUUGGCGUGCAGGCUGCGGGACUACCUGCCCCCCAGACAAAACGUCAAACAAAACUGGCAUCUGGAAUACAGUUUUGACAGCCACGGUAUCAGCUUGUCGACCCUGUAUGCAAAAGUGCAUGAUAAAGGCCCCUGUAUAUUAGCCAUCCGAGAUGAGUACGACGGAGUGUUUGGUGCAUAUAUAUCAGAGCCAUUGCAUACCAAUCGACUGUACUAUGGAAACGGAGAAUGUUUUAUGUGGAGAAUCAAUGCUCAUGACAGCUCCAUUCAAGUUUACCACUGCACUGGAGAGAAUACAUACACGGUCCUUUCUCAAAAGGAUUUUAUUGCACUUGGUGGCGGCGAUGGCAAAUUCGGCCUCUGGAUAAAUGCUGACCUGGAACAUGGAUACUCUGAAAGUUGCAAAACAUUUGCCAACGACAUUCUAAGCACGCAUUCUAAUUUUCAAUGUAUCGACUUGGAGAUAUGGACCUUUUCCGAUUGAUGCCUGCUGCUUCACCUUUGUACAUUUUACCAAUAAUACCAACCACGCAAGCAAAAAGCAAUUAUUACAAAUAUGUUAGCUCUGCAUAGCCCUGUAAUUGUAAAAACAUAUU